AGGUCACGAUUUGAGAGCAGCAGCGAGGGACCUUGUGUGUCUUUACCUGAGCGAGCGUGAGCGUUUGAGAAAUGGAUCUGACGCUUCAACCCAAGUUUAUUGGCACGUUGACCGUUUCAUGAUUCUAGUUUUAUCACCCAGAUUGUGACGUAACAUUUGCAACUGAGGCCAGUAGUCUACUAUAGCUCGUUUCAAAACUCUAUAUUUUGCGAGACUGGGUUGCAUUUACUUACACGCAGUGUGACCUAGAAGCCACAAUGUCGAUUAGACUAAUGUGCAUUGGUGCGAUACGAAGAGAAAUUAUCAAUUGCAUUCAAGAUUUAGAAGAACUAAGGAAUAGUUGAGGCGGUAUAUGUGCAUGGUUUUACCAUGAUAACAUGUGUUAGAGGGAUUCUGUUCAUUCUGGGUGGUAAGGAUGAUGCGUUCUAGCUUCACAAAUGCGGCCAUUCAAUAUAAUAUUAUGUUUCGCUGCAGAUAUUGGAGCCAAUCUUACGGAUGGCAUGUUUUCCGGGAGCUACCAUGGCAAGAAGUGCCCUCCGCCAGAUCUUGUUCACGUAUUGCAGCGAGCUUGGGAUGCUGGACUUAUUCGUAUCAUUGUGACAGGAGGAUCUUUGAAGGAGUCGAAGGAGGCCUUGUCUUUGACUGACAUAGAUGGAAUUUGAGGAGAGUGGAGACUCAGAGAAGCAUUUGCAGGACCUUUUGCAACUCACUAUAGAUGGUGUUGCCAGAGGGAAGGUACUGACUCAUCACAUGGAUAUCUGCAUUUACUUCUGGCUCUUUCUUUGAGUACAAGCUUGAAAUGUAAUGUUGACUUUAACCGUGUGAGCUUCUUUCAAAGAAGCUUUGUUGAGCAUGACCAUAUUCUGGCUUUGAGAAGCUGGAUGUAAAGUCGGUAAUACCUGUCCAGUAAUGUGGUCAACAUUAAGCAAGCACUCAUGUUAAUUUUAGAGUUUGCAAAAGGGACAUCACUUGAAGUAACGCGAGGUGCAGUAUACUAGGUGCAGUAUACGAAUAACAGGUUGUAGCAGUUGGUGAGUGUGGCUUGGACUAUGAUCGCCUCCAAUUUUGUCUCAGCUGAGACUCAGCGCCGUUAUUUUGAAAGGCAAUUCGAGAUCGCUGAGGCGACAAAAUUACCUAUGUUCCUUCACAUGAGGGCCGCUGCUUCCGACUUUCUUGACAUUAUCAAAUGCAAUCAACACAGGUUGACUGUUCAGUCUGAUGUCUUAUAAUAGUCUUUUGACUGGGAAAAGGCUCCUCAAUGGCAGUCGUACUCAGGGUCUUUGUCAAUUAAUUAUUUUCUUUGUGUCACCAGAUUUAUUGCAGGUGUAGUGCAUUCUUUCACAGGAACUAGCUAAGAAAGGGAUCAGCUACUAGCUAUUCCUAACCUUUAUAUUGGUAAAUUUCUUGGCUUCAACGUCAGACUUGGACUGCCAUAAUCUGCUACAUUAACUGAAAAAGGUUUAACUGAAAAUUUCCCUUGUAGUAGAAUGUAUAACUAGAAAAUUUGAUGAA